AUGUCCAUUAAGCCUCUGCCAGAGGACGUCAUCCGCCGUAUCAGGUCCUCAGCCACCAUUACGUCUCUCAACGGCGUCGUAUGCGCUCUCGUCCAGAAUUCCCUUGAUGCAGGCGCCACAAGGAUCAACAUAACUGUUGACUACUCUCGUGGCAACUGCUCGGUUGAGGACGAUGGGCUAGGCAUUCUGCCUCUCGAAUUUCGAGAGAAUGGAGGACUGGUCAAGCAGCAUCAUACGUCAAGAUUCUCACCCGAGUUGGAGUGCCACGGCUCCAACGGCAACUGCCUAGCCUCUGUUGCCGCUCUGUCUCUCCUCUCCGUCACCUCCCAUCACCAUCUCCACAACUCGCAAAACUCAAUCACCAUGCACAACUCGAAGGUCUUGGCGCGCAACAUCCCUGCCCUGCCAGAACAACGCCUAGUGACCUUUAGCCAUGGAACUCGCGUCACCGUUAGAGACUUAUUCGGCUCCAUGGCCGUCAGAGUCAAGCAGAGAGCCGUUGCCUCAGAAAAGGCCGCCGUGGAGAAGGAAUGGGGUCGGUUAGUGCAUGAUCUCACUGCUCUGCUGUUAGCCUGGCCUUCAAUUGUGGCUCUCUCCGUCCGAGACAGCGUCAACAGCAAUGAGACACGCUUCAGGCCCAACACAACAUCCAAGUCGGACAUGGUAGCUCGCUCAUCACGCAUCCUGACACAAUCAGGCCUUCUGGACGGCUUGGACCAAGUCGUCUGGACUUCUAUCGGCGCAUCUGUUGGGAAGUUGGCCAUCGAAGGAUGCAUAGCGCUGAAGCCCGUGGCCACGCGUCGAGCUCAAUUCAUCAGCUUCGGUAUUCAUCCUGUGACUAAUGAUCACGGAACCAACAUUCUAUUCAGCGAGGUCAAUCGUGUCUUUGUCAACUCCGGCUUUGCUAUAGAGGAGGGUGUGGAGGCUCUCACUCAUUCGCCUGAGACCAUUCUUUCAGGUUCGGGGGGAAUUCCAAGCAAGAUUCCCAAGCCGAGGCGAGGCUUGGAUCGGUGGCCCAUGUUCUACUUCAGAAUCAGCUCCUCGUCUCGUGUGCGUUCUCUCGUCACUUCAUCAUUCGAAGAUCUGCUUGAGGAUCGGAACCGCACCCUUGCGAACAUGGUUGACCUGCUCAAGCUUGUUUGUUAUGAAUUUCUGAAGAAGCACCACUUCCGCCCCCAUAAUGUCACUACUUCUCUCCAGGGAACUUCUCGUAGCAGGCAUCAAGAAGACGAUGUUCGUAGUACAGAAGGGGGACGAAAAGGCAGCAGCCGGUCUCGGACCGUCUCGUCAACGACUAGUCGAUCAAACUCAGCUACCCCGCAACGGAGGCCAGAGUCCCCUUUCGAUCUAUGGCAACGUGUGAAGGUAGGACGGGUAUCUGGAGGCACCUCAAAAUCCGGCGCAUCGACUCCGCUGUCUUCCGAAGUCGCAUUGGGAGUCGCAACCAGACACCCUGCAGAAGAAGAGUCGUAUAAGGAUCUAAUGACAGCUCAGCCUAGUUUACGGUUCCUCGACGAAUCAGGAAACCUUUUGCGCAAGCCCUUCGAUGAUUUGAUGCCGGCGUCGCCUAAGAGGGGCGAACCCGCUGAAGGCGCCUAUCCACAUACUUCUAGCGCUCCAGUUGAGCCUGCUGAACUAUCAAACUUUUGCAUUCGGCCGUCGAGUCAGGCAGAGGAAGCUCAGCUGGAACCGUCUCCGGCAAAGCCUGACAACGCUAUUCACAUCAAUUCAUCGCCUUCUUCUUCGCAAUUCUUCAAGCCAAGUGGUGGACGAGAAGCUGAACAGCCGAGCGAUCGACUCAAGGGAAUCCUUUCCAGAUGGGAGAAUCCCGUCUUCCAACCCGUUGAGCACCCGAUACCUCACCUGGCCGAUACAUUGGGAGGAUCUAAGCAAGGCCCCAUUCAGUCUCUCGACCUUGACAUCACUGGGUGCUCGCAUGGGGCCCAUACGUCAAGUAUCAAGCUCUCUGGGCGGGUUUCCAAGGCUGCUUUGAUGGAAGCAGAGGUCGUAUCCCAGGUUGACAGGAAGUUUAUCAUGGUGAAACUCAGACGAGACCUGAUUUCUGGCGGUACACUGUCAGGCAUCCAGACGAAUUCUGUGCUGGUUUUGAUCGAUCAACACGCUGCUGACGAGAGAUGCCGGCUUGAGUCGCUGAUGCGAGACUAUUUUCACGUUGUGAACCGGCCCAAAGAGGUGGUUGCACGGACAGAGAUGCUCGAAAAGCCUUUGCAGUUCGAAUUCUCGUCCAAGGAGUGCAGAUUGUUGAGCAAAUACUUCCAACACUUGCGGCGGUGGGGCAUUUUCUACAAUAUAGAGGACCCGGAGCCGACUGGUUGGCGGCACAGGAGCAGGCAGCUCCCCAGGGUGGACGUGCUCAGUCUGCCAUCAAGCAUUCUCGAGCGAUGCAGAUCAGAGCCGAAAUUGCUAGCAGACCUUCUUCGACAAGAGAUAUGGAGAGCGGAGGAAGAGGGCAGCUCAACCUCUAGGCCCUUCAGUUUCGCCACUGGACCUGCUGGCCAAGAAAUCGACUGGGUGUCAAACUUUCACGGAUGUCCUCAAGGGAUUCUCGACUUGCUCAAUUCGAGAUCCUGCCGCAGUGCCAUCAUGUUCAAUGACACCUUGUCCAGGGAUGAAUGCAUAGCUCUUGUUCACAGGCUUAGCCGCUGCUCGUUUCCAUUUCAGUGCGCACAUGGACGGCCAUCCAUGGUACCGUUGGUGGAUAUAAGAAGCUUAAGUAUGAAAGGGGAGACGCCACUGGACAGUUUUGGGAGUCGUCUCAAGCGGUCUGAUUUGACAAAGUAA